GAUCGAAUUAAGAAGAAAUAGCCGUGAGUUGUUAAACUGGACCGUACGUCAGCUGAUAAACAAAUUGGCAACAGGUUCUAUGCCUAAUCGAAGCUGGGUCGCGGCAAAGUUUUCGCUGCGCGCAUUUGCGAGAGCAGCGCAUUAGUCAGCAGAAAACUCUUCAGUUCUUCAGAGGCCCGCACGUGACGCGGCCCUUUUUAUACACUUCAUCAAAAGCGCCGUUCCAAUGUUGCCGCAUCAUCAGCGCCAUAAAAUUGGGGCGCUUCUCGGCUUUGGCAUUCUAUUGCUGAGCAGCUGCCUCGUGGCGCCCGGCGAGGCGCGUUCGCGGGACAAGGAGGAGCGCCGCAGCCGUGGACGCGGCAGCAAUGCGGGCGCCUCCGCAUCCGCCUCGGCCGUGACCAGCAACAGCAAUGGCGGCGGCGGCGGCUACUACACCAGCUCCUCGGCCUACGGCGGCAGCAACGGCGCCUCGACAGGCGCUACUGGCUAUAACGGACCCAUAGACAGCACCGGUUUCUGCAUGCGCCGUCGGGACAUGAAGCUCAUGUGCUAUUGCACGCCGGACGAGAACCAUAUGCCCGUGCAGAAGGCCGAAUGCUGGGUGUUCUCGGAGGGAUUGCAUCAGAACGACACCACCUGGACACGAUUCUACCAGCAGAAACGGCUGCGCGAACUCAAGUUUGUCAUACAGAACAAUGCCCGGCUGGACUACAUACCCACCAUGAUCAUUGAGCCGCUGAAGAACUUGAGCAGCAUUGUCAUCGAGUACUCGCAGGUGGAGAUCGUCAAGAGCUAUGCGUUUGCCAAUCUGCCCUUCCUGGAGCGCAUCAUCCUCAAUAACAAUCACAUCAUGGCCCUCGAUCAGGAUGCCUUCGCCAAUCACAUUCGUCUGCGUGAACUGAAUCUCGAGCAAAACCAGAUCUUUGAGAUGGAUCGCUAUGCGUUCCGCAAUCUGCCGCUUUGCGAGCGACUCUUCCUCAACAACAACAACAUCAGCACCCUGCACGAGGGUCUCUUUGCGGACAUGGCACGGCUGACCUACUUGAACCUGGCCCACAAUCAGAUCAAUGUGCUAACCAGCGAAAUCUUCAGGGGAUUGGGCAAUCUUAAUCUACUCAAGUUGACGCACAACAAUCUCAAUUUUAUCGGCGACACGGUCUUUGCCGAGCUGUGGAGCCUGUCUGAGCUCGAACUGGACGAUAAUCGCAUUGAGCGCAUUUCGGAGCGUGCAUUGGACGGUCUGAACAAUUUGAAAACUUUGAAUUUGCGCAAUAAUUUGCUAAAGAAAAUCGACAAUGGCCUGCUGCGCGGAACACCGGCGCUCCUGUCAAUCAAUGUGCAGGCAAACAAAUUGGAAACUCUCACGUUCUACACAUUCCAGCCAAUUAUGGACAAUUUGGUCAACAGCACCAGCGAGCUGUUGGUGUCAGACAACAAAUUCAUUUGCGACUGUCGUCUGCAGUGGAUCUUUGAAUUGAAAAACCGGACACGUCAUCUGCAGCUCCGUGACUCGCUGGAGGAUAUCAUUUGUACGCUGCAGGAGCCGAAGCUGAUGCAUUUCGUGGACCCGGUGCCGUCGCACAUCUUGGACGAGCUCAAUGUUGGCGGCUUCACGGCAAUUGGCAGCAACAGCGCCAGCAUGGGCGGCAUCGGCAACAGCCUCGGCAGCAGCAUCGGCAGCAGCAGCAGUAACUACGCCAACCUGGAAGACCUGAGCAGCGGCACUGGACUGGCCAUGAAGAAGCACGGCUCGACGAAGUCACGGCAGGCGCUGCGUGGCCAGCGUCAGUUCACGGAUGUCCUUGCCGAGAAUGUGGUAGAGUCGAAGCUGCGUGUGCGUCGCCAGCAGCCGGAAGGCGUGGCUGCCGUGGCACAGACCCAAAAACGUUACGACUACUACGACGAGGCCAGCGGCGGUCAUGUGUCCGGCCUGGGCCUGGGACACGGCGGCUUGGACCUGGAUGACAACCUCAAUCUGCAGAAGCAGAGCACCUUCUACGGCGGCGCUGGACUCAGCAGCAGCAGCAGCAGCGGCAGCGGCAGCAGUGGCCAUGCCCUGGCUCACAAUAACGUGGAGCAGCCACUGACUGGCGAUGCACUCGAAACUAUGGCCAGCAAGAACUCGAUCCAUGUGCGUCUCUUUUUGCUGAAGCCCGACAUGCUGCCCUGCCACGAUGAGCUGAGUGAUCCGACCGAGCUGCCGUUGUCCCGUGAUCUGAUGGAUGUGCGCAGCAAUGCGGGCCAGGAUCUGUUCGCCAAUGGAGGUGCCGCACGUCAGCUAAGGCUAAGCUAUCUGCUGCUUGGAACUCCUGCUGCUGCUGCUGCCAUCAUCCUUCUGCUUAGCCAGGGCUGA